UCUGUGUUGUUGCAGGUCGUUGUAGUGAAUUCAUUCUCAUCGUCAUAUAGUUUUCCCUUGUGAAAAGAGCACAGUUUACCCAUUCUGUGAUGGGCAUCUGGAUGCUUCAGGGUGGGGCAUUACCAGUAGUAGUGCUAGGAACAUUUUUAUAUGUGUUUUGAUGAAUGUACGUUUACAUUUCUGUUGUUGGCAUUAUGUACCUAAGAGUGGAAUUGCUAGACCACAGGGUUCGUAUAUGUUAAGCUUUAGUAGAUACUCCAAAUAGUUUUCCAGAGGGGUUGUACUAAUUUGCAUGUCCACAAGUGGUAUUUUGAUGUCUCUAAUCUCCAACAUUUUAGCCAUUUUGGAGAGCGUAUAGUAGUAACAUACUGCAGUUUUAAUAUAUCGUUCCCUGAUGGUUGAUGACGUUGAGCAUCUUUUUGUCUGUUUGUGAAGACUUGUUUGUCUUGCCCGUUUUUCAGUAGAAUAUAAGCAGGAUGGCUGUGUAUUCCUUCAGUUCACGUUGUAUUGUUCAGAGGAAGUUUCUUUCUAGAGGUAGGAAUACAGUAGAAGGAAAAAGAGGUGGAGACACUUUCUCUUGCACUAUGUGGCUGUGACUUCAGGGAUACUGUCUUCAGCUUCAAGAUACUUCUAUACCAAAAUAUGAAGAUAAGCUUAUCUUGGCCCCCUCCCUAUCUUGCGCUCAGACUCUCUCAAUGCUGCCUUCCUAUUCCAUUGCAUACAUAUACCCUGUAUCAUUUUCUGAAGCUGAAUUUUGUUCCUAGAACCAGGAGAAAUAUGUGUCUCACCAGGUGUUGCUCUUUGGAGUCACCAAAGAGUUCUGUGUCACUCUUGAGUGACAGAGCAAAUCGUACAAGCAAGAAGGCUCACUUUGUGCUCAACAUUGCUUGAAUAACCUAUUGCAAGGAGAAUAUUUUAGCCCUGUGGAGCUGUCUUCCAUUGCCCAUCAGCUGGACGAAGAGGAAAGAAUGAGAAUGGCAGAAGGAGGAGUCACCAGUGAAGACUAUCGCACUUUCUUACAGCAGCCCUCGGGAAAUAUGGACGACAGUGGUUUUUUCUCUAUUCAAGUUAUAAGCAAUGCCUUGAAGGUUUGGGGUUUAGAACUAAUUCUCUUCAACAGUCCAGAGUAUCAGAGGCUCAGGAUCGAUCCCAUAAAUGAAAGAUCAUUCAUAUGCAAUUACAAAGAACACUGGUUUACAGUUCGAAAAUUAGGAAAACAGUGGUUCAACUUGAAUUCUCUCUUGACGGGUCCAGAAUUGAUAUCAGACACAUACCUUGCACUUUUCUUGGCUCAAUUACAACAGGAAGGUUAUUCUAUAUUUGUUGUGAAGGGUGAUCUGCCAGAUUGUGAAGCUGACCAACUUCUACAGAUGAUCAGGGUCCAACAGAUGCACAGACCAAAACUCAUUGGAGAAGAGUUAGCACAGCUGAAAGAACAGAGAGUUCAGAAAACAGAUCUGGAACGAGUCUUAGAAGCAAAUGAUGGGUCAGGCAUGUUAGACGAAGAUGAGGAAGACUUGCAGAGGGCUCUGGCACUGAGUCGCCAGGAAAUCGACAUGGAAGAUGAAGAAGCAGAUCUCCGCAGGGCUAUUCAGCUCAGUAUGCAAGGUAGUUCCAGAAAUGUGUCCCAAGAUAUUCCACAGACAUCAGGUACACAUCUUACUUCAGAAGAGCUACGGAAGAGAAGAGAAGCCUACUUUGAAAAGCAGCAGCAGCAGCAGCAUCCACCAGCACAGCUUUCCCACCCACGCGAGAGGCCAACCACAAGUUCAGGUGCACUGGGCAGCGAUCCAGCAGGAGAUGCUAUGAGCGAAGAAGACAUGCUUCAGGCAGCUGUGACCAUGUCUUUAGAAGUUGUUAGAAAUAACUUCAAAACGGAAGGGAAAAAAUAAUAGCUUUUACAAAUCAUUUAGACCUUCGUACUUUCCAGCAUUAUCCUGGGUGAUUACAGCAUAGACGGUCCAUUUUAGUAAUGUGUCCAAGGAACAACGUUCAACAGAGGAAAUAAGGCUUUAGGCGGUUUGCAACAAAAAGAUGAGAAAAUGGAAAAAUGUGUCAGUUGUAGGACUAAAUAACGAUCCUCCAAACACUAGCCAAAGAGGCAUUUAGCAAUUAAAGACAUUGAAAAUGGUUUUCUAGAGGUUCCUUUUCUUUUUGAGUGUGCAAUAUCCAACAUGUCUAAAGUUAGGGCGUUUUUCUUGGAUCUUUUUGCAGACCAGCUAAUUAGCUCUUGCCACAGAACUUUUUCCGUUCGUUUUCUUUUCAUCCUUUCUGGUCUGGUCGGUUGGCUCACUUUUCAUCAUCUCUUAGUUGCUUUUAUUUCUCAUUAACCAAGUUAACCUUUUAGGACAGUGUCUUUUCUAUGUUGAUAGGAGUAACGGUUCCAGAAGGAUUAGCUGCUUUCCCUCCAAUCACGUGGCGUGCCCUUGGAUGUUUUCUCCUGUUACUUUCUCUGAUCACAAUUUCUUUGGGAUGUGGUUUUCCUUACUUUUCUACAACUCUUUUGAAAGCUGGUAAUCUUUCUUGAGGUUUUGCUUCCUAAGCCCUCUAAGAUGGGAUCAUCGUUUCGUGAUUCUGAUGCAUUCCUCAACUCUGAAAUCAACUCUGCACAAAUAUUUGAGAAGAAAUGAGAAUUUUUUAAAGAUGUGAGCACAUCCUUUUCCAGAUGCUUUAUGAAUGUCUUCUCAAUUAUGUCAGACCUUUACAGCUUUGCUGUAACCCUUUCUCUGGCACCUUGAUAUUUCCUUGUCUUCUCCAAUUGAGAAAAAUAGGAGAAGCACGGUAUGCAAGCAAGUUUCAUUCCGUGUAUGAUUUAACAAAUAAUACCCACCAUGAAUGUAUGAGAGACAAAGUCUGGCUUUUGAUUUACUUGCAGUUUCAUUUUCUUCUCUCUUGUGCCUGGAGCUCUCCGUUCUGUUUACAGUGGAGUCACGGAGCGUAGAUGUCUGCUUCUGAUGUACAUCUUGUAGCAGGAUAGAUAGCUAGCCAGAGAUGAUGGUCUGGAACGUGAAAAUAAUCUACUAACAAAAAUACAUUUAAAUUUAUACUGUGAUUUGACACUUGCAUCAUGUUUAAGUAGCUAAAGAAUUACAGAAGUCACACAGUACUUACUGGGUCUGUAAAUACGAAAGUCUUUAGUUUUGAUAAACAUUUUGAUUGGGAUGCACAGAGUUUGUUUCUGGGUCAAUAUAGUGGUAUGAUUUUGGUGGAAAUUAAUUGUCUGUCUGAAGUGGACAUUUCGGAUUCCGUCACUUAUUCCCCAUCCCUCAUUCUCCAUCCCCCUUUUGAAGCUCUUUUGAAUGUUGAGUUGUUCAUAAGCUAAAAGUUAGGAAAUUUCAGCCGACGGCUUGGAAAAUUAAAGGAUGAUAUGUUGCCAUGACUAGUGUAUGGCUGUACACAUUUUAUCAGGGAAAUUUUUUUGAUCUAGGAUUUAUGGCUGAGUUGAAAAGAGAUGGGAAAAUGACUUUUUAUGAUUAUGAAGUAGCUUUUUUUUUUUUUUUUGGAUAGAGACAGGUUUUCUUUUUAGUCAUUAUUUUGUGCCAAAUAAAGUUUUCUGAAGUUUCCCUUGCAAAAUUAGACACUUUUACUUUAAAAUCUAAAGUUUUCUUUUGAGAAUCGAAACGUUUUCAGAAGAGUUAUUAAACUUUAGAACUGUAAGAGACAUUGGAGUUUAGUACUGCUCUCUCAAGAUUUACAAACCAAAAUAUUUUAAGAGUGACCAUUUCUGCCAUUAUCCCCAGUAUGCUUGUCCUGUUUUCCAUGGAUAUUUGGCUUUUACGUUUUCCCAUUGAAAAAUUACAUUCGACUUUUCAUACACUUAAAUGGAUGAGCUACCUAAUAUAAAAAUGAGUAAAGAAAUAUGCAGAAAGUUUUAACCUUAGAGUUUAUAAAGUUCUUAUAUUACACACCUUUAUUAAAGCACUUAAGGAGAUAUAGCAUGUUGAUCUUCAUUUAGGGAUUUUUUUUCUUUUUUUUUUUUUUUUAAAGCAGAGCUGAGCACACACUGGAUACAUUUGUGAAUGUGUUUAUUUAGUUAGUUUCUUAUGAAUGUUAUACUCGGCAGGCAGAUCCAGAAUGACUAGGGAACUGCCAAUUUGUUUGAAUUGGCUUAAACUUAAUUUAGAUUCCGUUUCUUAAUCGAUUGGCCAGUAUGAAAAAGAUGCCAAUGCCUGUAACUACAGUAUCAGAAAACUUAGUUAUACAAAAGUAUAGUUCACACAUCAGGAACUGCUAUUUACCGGAAUCAUCCUGCAAGAAAGUCAGAAACAAUGAAAUUCACAAAAACUGUCCUGCUAAGAACUCUAUAUAAAGCUUUCCAUUCUGUUUUGCCAAUUGGGAGCACCUUAAUGUUUAAUAUUUAAACUAUUGGUAUCAUUUUUCUAAUGUAUAAGUUGCAUUACCAGGAUAAAAUACCUACAGUGGCUAUGCUAGUGUUUAAAGUUUAAACAAGUUUUGGAAACACCACUUUCAUAUUUUGAGAGGUUAUGGAAUUAAUAAGUAGUUAUUUAUGUUUUUAAAAUCACAGUAGUUAAAAAAAAUUCACAGCAGUUAACCUCCGAUCUAAAACCAUCAAUAAACACUUUUUACAGUAAUUAACAUAACAAAUAUGUCAAUAAUGUACAUUGUUUGAAAAGAUUUCUGCAGGUAAACUCUAUUUUAACUUUUAAGAUCUUGGUCAAAUAAUUUACAAUUCACAGAAUAUGUAAGGAGGUGCUUUUUUUUUUCUUUAAAACUUGAUUUUUCUUAAUUAAGACUUUAUUCAUGCCAAAGUUAAUACGGAAAAAAGCUCAAAACUGGUUGAAGAUCAUUAUAGGUAAAACUACCAAUAGUCUGUGUUAUUUCACUUAAGUUGAAUAAAGUAAUUUUUGUUCCUGUCAGAGCCUCAAUUACAUUUUUAAUGUCUGCAUGUUUGAUACUCCUUAAAUAGUAUCAUGCGAGUGCCAAGAUUUAUUAAAUGUCUUAAAAUUGGCCCAUUGGAUCCAUGCAGAUUCAAAAAGGAUUGAGUCAGUGCAUAAGCAAAGUAUAGUGAUAGAAAUUAAAAUGUCUCCAGUUGAAAUAAAUCUAUGUUUUUAAAUUCUCGAGAGGACUCAAUAAUCAAUAUUAUGUUGAUUUCCUAUUAACUUUAUUUGCAACUGGGAAGCCCAGCGGCCACUAUUCUAAAUUGUUGUAUCUGAGCCCUAAUAAGUAUGGAGAUAUUGUAUAUGUGAUCUUAAUUAAGAAAAACCAGAUUGGACCAACUAAUCAUUUCACCAGUGUCGAUCGUUUUUUCAUAUUUUCAAAAAGAAAACUUUAUUCCUGGUCUCUUCAUAAACCAGUGUUUUUUGCUAAAGAAAGGAACUGGCUUAUAUUUUAAAGUCUUACGUUAACAAAAAUAUUUUGUUCAUUUUGCUUUCAUGAAUGAAAACAUUGAUAUGGUUGGUUAAUUCUUGAAUUUUUAUUUAUUUAUUUUUUUUUUUGAAGAAAAUCUGUGCUAUUUUUGUUCCCCCCAAAUGUUCUGGUAUUUUAAGAAUUAAUGCUAGUAACAUCACUUCUAAAUUUACAGUUAUUUGGCUCGCAUGUUUAAUUAAUAAUAGUGUAUCAGUAAAUAUCUUAAGACCGGAUUCAUAGACAAGGAAUGGGAAGCAAUAGUGAAAUAUAUGCGGAAAUUUCUGAUUCAUUUAGGAAGCGCUUCACUUGUUUCUUGCAUAGUUCAAAGGUGAAUGUUUCCAGGAAUUUUUUAAAGUUUUUUUUAAAAGAGAAAAACGUACAUUUGAAUGUGAAAAAUAGAAUUUCUACAACACUGGACUACUAGAAAUAACUUUUUAAAAAUUACUGUUGUGUAUAAAUUAUUUGAAAUUCAAGUACAAAACACACCCGAGAAGGCAUUGUCUUUUGGCCGAGACACAAGUGCACUGAGGCACUGCCGUUUGCUCAGGACCCAACUGUGCGGCCCUCGGGAUGUGUUCCUCCCUCUUGAGCUCUCUUGCGGUUACUAGACACACACAGGCCUUCCUCUCUGGUCCUCGGAAAAGCCGGGCUUCCAAAGCACUGUUGAACACUGACGGUUCUCUUGUUAAUGUGGAUGUUCAAUGAGUUGUAUUUUAAAUAUCAAAGAUUAUUAAAUAAAGAUAAUGUUUGCUUUUUUA